AUGUAUCACUCGUGUUUUUUGACCGAACGUUCUGCCAGUAACGUCUCAACGCUCUUCCAAUCGUCCUCUACCUUCUCUACGUGUCAUUCGCCCCCUUUCCCACCAUUUCACAUCUUCUCUCUAACGUCUCUCCUGUCUCAACGACACGUUCGUUCCUCGUUACCACUGAUACUAACCAUUGCAGGAGGCAAUUCCCUCAGCGUUGCCCCAGAAGGAAAGCUGAAAGACUAUGUUAAGUCUCGUAAUGGACACACUGUAAUUUCUUCCAUUCUGAUCGCAAACAACGGUAUUGCAGCCGUCAAGGAAAUUCGAAGCAUUCGGAAAUGGGCUUAUGAAACAUUUAACGAUGAAAGAGCUAUUCAGUUUACGGUAAUGGCCACACCUGAAGAUUUGAAAGUAAACGCAGACUAUAUUAGAAUGGCCGAUCAAUAUAUUGAGGUCCCCGGUGGCUCUAACAACAACAAUUACGCAAACGUCGAACUCAUUGUGGACAUUGCUGAACGCAUGGGAGUUCAUGCCGUUUGGGCCGGUUGGGGUCACGCCUCAGAGAAUCCUCGUCUGCCCGAAAUGCUCGCUGCCAGUAAACAGAAAAUUGUUUUUAUUGGUCCUCCUGGCAAUGCCAUGCGUAGUUUGGGUGACAAGAUUAGUUCUACAAUUGUUGCUCAAAGUGCUCGCGUGCCUUGCAUGCCCUGGUCCGGUAACGGCAUUGACACGGUUCAUGUCGACGAUGACACGGGCAUUGUCACAGUCGACGAAGACACAUACUCAAAGGCUUGUGUGACCUCGCCCGAACAGGGUCUGCAGGUGGCCAAGGAGGUUGGCUUUCCCAUUAUGAUUAAAGCCUCUGAAGGCGGUGGUGGUAAGGGUAUCCGUAAGGUGGAGGAACCUGAAAAGUUUGCUCAGUGUUAUGAACAGGUCAUGGCUGAGGUUCCGGGUUCUCCUGUUUUUAUCAUGAAGCUUGCAGGUCAUGCCCGUCAUCUGGAAGUCCAGCUGCUUGCUGACCAGUACGGCAACAACAUAUCCUUGUUUGGUCGUGAUUGUUCCGUUCAACGUCGGCACCAGAAGAUCAUUGAGGAGGCUCCUGUCAGCAUCGCACCCGCUGAAACCUUCCAUCAAAUGGAGCGCUGCGCUGUCCGUCUUGGUGAACUUGUUGGUUAUGUUUCAGCCGGUACGGUCGAGUACCUUUACGAACCCGAGGAGAACAAGUUCUACUUCCUCGAACUGAAUCCUCGUUUACAAGUUGAGCACCCUACCACUGAGAUGGUCUCGGGUGUGAACCUUCCCGCCGCCCAAUUGCAGGUCGCUAUGGGUAUUCCAUUGAAAUGCAUUCCAGAUAUUCGCACAAUGUACGGUCUUGAUCCCAAUGGUGACAGUGACAUCGACUGGUUCUUCAAGAACCCCGAGUCUCUGCAAACUCAAAAGCGUCCUACUCCUCGUGGUCACUGUAUCGCUUGCAGAAUUACGUCCGAGGAUCCUGGUGAAGGUUUUAAGCCUUCCAGUGGUAUGAUUAAAGAACUUAAUUUCCGGUCUUCUAGUGAUGUUUGGGGAUACUUUUCUGUCGGUACCGCUGGCGGUAUUCAUGAGUACGCCGACUCUCAGUUUGGUCAUAUUUUUGCCUUUGCUAAGACUCGCGAGUCGAGUCGGAAAUCUUUGGUUGUUGCAUUGAAGGAGGUCUCUAUUCGUGGUGACUUCCGCACUACAGUUGAGUAUCUCAUCCGGUUGUUGGAGACGUCUGCUUUCACGGAGAAUCGUUUCACAACUGGAUGGCUUGACACACUUAUUUCACAGAAGCUUACGUCGGAAAAGCCUGAUAAGAUUCUUGCUGUCGUUUGCGGCGCUCUUGUUCGUGCCCAUGCCACCUCAGAGGAGCAGCAUCGUGCCUUCCGUUCAUAUUUGGAACGCGGUCAAGUUCCGUCUCGAGACUUCCUGAAAAACAUUUAUGACAUUGAAUUCAUUUAUGAGAAUCAACGUUACCGUUUCACUGCCACCCGUUCCUCUCCCGGUUCUUAUCAUCUUUUCCUUAAUGGCUCUCGUUGUACUGCCGGCGUCCGCACAUUGACCGAUGGUGGUCUUUUGAUUCUCCUUAAUGGUCAUUCCUUUACCGUGUAUUACAGAGAUGAAGUGAAUGGUACAAGAAUUACCAUUGACAACAAAUCAUGCAUUCUUGAACAAGAGAAUGACCCCACCCAACUUAGAACUCCCUCCCCCGGUAAGCUCGUUCGUUUCUUGGUUGAAACUGGUGAGCACAUUAAGGCUGGCGAAGCCUUUGCUGAAGUUGAAGUGAUGAAGAUGAUUAUGCCUUUGGUCGCAGCCGAGGACGGUAUCAUUCAACUCAUUAAACAACCUGGAGCUUCCCUGGAGGCCGGUGACAUUUUGGGCAUUCUUACUCUUGACGACCCCAGUCGCGUAAAGCAUGCACUGCCGUUCAAUGGCCAGCUUCCUGUUUGGGGAGAGCCUCAAAUUGCAGGCAGCAAGCCCGCUCAACGUUACAGCGCCCUUUUGGGUAUCUUAAAGGAUAUCCUGAGAGGUUAUGAUAAUCAAAUUAUUAUGAAGAGCACUUAUAAAGAGCUCGUCGAAGUUUUGCGUGAUCCCGAGUUGCCUUAUGGAGAGUGGAAUGCUCACUACUCCGCUCUUGUUAGCCGUAUUCCUCACAAUCUCGACAAGGUGUUCACUUCUAUUGUUGAGAAAGCUCAUCAUCGCAAGUCGGAAUUUCCGGCGAAGCAGUUAAUUAUGGCUCUUAAUGCAUACUUUGAGCCUCAAAAACUGGCUGCUAUUCAAACUCUGAAGAUGCAACUUGCCCCUCUCAUUGAGAUAAUGGAGAAGUACAAGGAAGGCUUGAAGGCUCAUGAGUUUUCCGUUUUUAUUGAACUUCUUGAAGAUUACUAUAAUGUCGAGAGACUUUUCUCCGGUCCUCACAAGAGAGAGGAGGAUGUUAUUCUUCGCCUUCGCGAUGAGAACAAGGAUGAUGCCGAUAAAGUUAUCGACCUGGCACUUUCGCACUCUCGCAUUGGCUCAAAGAAUAACUUGAUCCUUACUAUUUUGGACCUUAUCAAGUCUGAACCUUCAACGUUCGUCUCCACCUAUUUUAAUGAUAUCUUCCGGAAGUUAACUGAGCUGGAUUCUCGUGCUACUGCAAAGGUGGCACUCAAGGCACGUGAGAUUCUCAUUACCUGUGCAAUGCCUUCUUUGUCUGAACGUUUCUCUCAGAUGGAGCAUAUUCUCAGAUCCUCCGUUGUCGAAAGUCAUUACGGUGAUGCUACAUUCUCUCACCGUGCCCCUUACCUCGAGGUCUUGAAAGAGCUCAUUGAUUCGAAAUAUACUGUUUUCGAUGUGCUCCCUGCCUUCUUCUGCCACGAUGAUCCUUGGGUUUCGUUGGCUGCCCUUGAAGUUUAUGUCCGCCGUGCUUACCGUGCCUAUGCCGUCUUGGAGUUGAGUUAUCAUACCGAGUCCAAGCCUUUUGUCUUGUCUUGGCAAUUCCAAUUGCGUGCCUCUGGUACUCCUGGUCUCGGCGCUACAAACAACAAUUCCGCUAGUCAGACAACGACGUCCCAAGAAACCGUUAACAAACGUCUUCAAUCCGUGAGUGACCUGUCGUGGUACGUGAACAAGUCGGACUCUGAGCCUCUUCGUUUCGGUGUCAUUGUUCCUUGCAGAGACUUCAGCGAGCUUGAGGAUAACUUGACCAUGGCUAUUGACCGCUUGCCUUUGGCUAGAGGUUACUAUGGUGCUGGUCUCACCCUUGAGAACACCGUUAAGGAGAACUCUCAAGAGUUGACCAAUGUAGUUAAUGUUGCCUUGACCUCAACUGCCAAUCUUGAUGACGCUUCUAUUGUUGAGCGUUUGAGUGAGUGCGUAGUUGAGCUUCGUGAGGACCUGCUGGAGCACAAUGUUCGUCGUAUUACCUUCAUUGGUGGUCGUUUGAACAAGUCUGCUUACCCCUCCUACUUCACAUUCCGUGCAUCUUCUCACGAACAAAACCGUGAUGGUAAGUUUAUUCGCUAUAUUGAAGAUGAACGUAUUCGUCACAUUGAGCCUGCUCUUGCUUUCCAGCUUGAACUCGGUCGUCUUUCCAACUUUGACAUCGAACCUGUUUUCACAGACAACCACAACAUCCAUGUCUACCGUGCUACGGCUAAGAACAUGAGCACAGAUAAACGUUUCUUUACCCGUGCUCUUGUUCGUCCUGGUAGACUUCGGGAUGAGAUUCCCACUGCUGAGUACCUUAUUUCGGAGACUCACAGUCUGAUUAGUGACAUUCUUGAUGCACUUGAGGUCAUUGGUCCUGAUGCAACCGAUUUGAAUCAUAUUUUCAUCAACUUCACUCCGGCUUUUGGACUGGCUCCUAAGCAAGUUGAAGCUGCCCUUGGCGGAUUUUUGGAACGUUUUGGAAGAAGAUUGUGGAGAUUGCGUGUUACAGCUGCAGAAAUCCGUAUUAUUUGCACGGAUCCUGAGACGAACUCUUUGUUCCCUCUUCGUGUCAUUAUUUCUAAUGUUUCUGGUUUUGUUGUUAAUAUUGAGAUGUAUGCUGAAGUCAAGACUGAUAAUGGCUCUUGGAUUUUCAAGAGUAUCGGACAGCCGGGUUCCAUGCAUCUUCGUCCUAUCAAUACGCCUUAUCCCAACAAGGAAUGGCUGCAGCCACGUCGCUACAAGGCUCAAUUGAUGGGAACUACGUUCGUGUAUGAUUUCCCCGAGCUUUUCCACCGUGCAUUCACAAAUUCUUGGAAGAAUAAUGUUGAAUCCGCAGACAAGAUUCCCGCCGACAUUUUUGAGUAUAAGGAAUUUGUUCUUGAUGAAAAGCUGGAAUUACAAGAGGUCUCUCGUGAGCCAGGCACCAAUUCAUGCGGUAUGGUUGCUUGGAUUAUGACUGCAAAGACUCCUGAGUAUCCCAACGGAAGACAGUUUAUUGUCAUUGCUAACGAUAUCACGUACAAGAUUGGUUCUUUCGGACCUGAGGAGGACAGAUUCUUCUUCAAGGUUACUGAGCAUGCUCGCGCUCUUGGUCUUCCUCGUAUUUACUUGGCUGCCAACUCUGGUGCACGCAUUGGUGUUGCAGAUGAACUUGUUCCUCUGUUUAACGUUGCUUGGGUUGAUCCAGAGAACCCUGAAAAGGGUUUCGACUACCUCUACCUGACUCCUGAAACCGAGGCACGUUUGUGCAAGGCCGAUGAGAAGACGUUGAUUACCGAGAAAAUUGAGGAGAAUGGAGAGGAACGUUACAAGAUCACUGCCAUCGUUGGUGCAGAAGAGGGCCUUGGUGUCGAAUGUCUUCGCGGCUCUGGUCUCAUCGCGGGUGUUACUUCUCGUGCUUAUAACGACAUUUGGACGUGUACUCUUGUCACUUGUCGUGCUGUUGGUAUUGGUGCCUACCUUGUUCGUCUUGGUCAGCGUGCAGUUCAAGUGGAGGGUCAACCUAUUAUUCUUACAGGUGCUCCUGCUUUGAACAAGGUUCUUGGUCGCGAAGUGUACACUUCAAACUUACAACUUGGUGGUACUCAAGUUAUGCAUCGUAAUGGUGUUUCGCAUCUCACCGCUCAAGAUGAUUUCGAUGGUAUCUCUAAGAUUAUUGAGUGGAUGUCUUAUGUCCCUGAGAAGCGUAAUAGUCCUGUUCCUAUCGCUCCUUGUACCGACACUUGGGAUCGUGAUGUUGAAUUUUACCCCAACAUGAAUGGCUACGAUCCUCGCUGGUUGAUUGCCGGUAAGGAAGAAGAUGAGGGUUUCUUGUACGGUUUGUUUGACCGCAAUUCCUUCCAAGAGACUUUGAACGGUUGGGCAAGAACCGUCGUUGUUGGACGUGCUCGGCUUGGUGGCAUACCUUUGGGUGUCAUUGCUGUUGAGACGAGAUGCAUCGAAAAUACCGUUCCUGCUGAUCCUGCAAACCCUGAUUCCACUGAACAAGUGUUGAUGGAGGCAGGCCAAGUCUGGUACCCCAACUCUGCUUUCAAGACUGCUCAGGCUAUUAACGACUUUAACCAUGGUGAACAACUUCCUCUGUUCGUUCUUGCCAAUUGGCGUGGUUUCUCUGGUGGUCAACGGGAUAUGUACAACGAAGUUUUGAAGUAUGGUUCCUAUAUCGUUGACGCCUUGUCCAACUAUCAACAACCCGUGUUCAUCUAUAUUCCUCCUCACAGCGAGCUUCGUGGUGGUUCUUGGGUCGUCGUUGAUCCUACCAUCAAUGAGGACAUGAUGGAAAUGUAUGCCGACUAUGAGUCCCGUGCUGGUGUUUUAGAGCCGGAAGGUAUGGUUAGCAUUAAAUUCCGUCGUGAGAAGUUGCUCUCCUUGAUGAGACGCAUUGAUCCCGUGUAUUCUACUUUGAGCCGUGAGCUCGAGAAAAGCGGUUUAUCCACAGACGAGCAAUCAGACAUCAGAGUGAAACUGAUGGAUCGUGAGCAAAAGCUGAUGCCCAUCUAUCAACAAAUCAGUAUUCACUUCGCUGAUUUGCAUGACCGUGCUGAGCGGAUGCUUUCCAAGAAGGUUAUUCGUAAGCCCCUUCACUGGACUCAAGCACGUCGUUUCUUCUACUGGCGUCUUCGUAGACGGUUGGAUGAGCAUUACUCAUGCAAGCAACUUGUUCAAAGUAUUCCUUCUAUGACGCUCGCCAAUGCCAAAAAGCAACUUCGUUCCUGGUUUGAGGCUGCCAAUACUGAGAAGGAUUGGGAAGCUGAUGACAGAGCUGUUGUCGCUUGGAUUGAGGAACAUCCCGAAGAGCUUGUUUCAAAGGCCGUUGAAUUGAAGAAUGAACGCCAUCUCCGUGAUGUUAUUGAGCUUCUUACCGUCGACAAGACUGAGCUGCUCACUGGUAUUGUUCAAGUCAUUGGUAAACUCUCUGAGGAUGAGAAGGCCAAGCUUUCGGAAGCACUUGUUAAACCGUAA